AUGGUCCAACGUCUGACCUACUAUCGUAUGCUGUCCUACAACACAGCCUCUAACAAAACUAGGCUGUCCCGAGCCCCUGGGAACAGAAUGGUUUACCUUUACAAGGUUGAAAAAGCACCAAAAUCUGCAUGUGGUGUGUGCCAGGGCCGACUAAGACGGGUCCAAGCUGUAGAACUAAAGUUCUCAUUGAGGUUGUCAAAAACAAAAAAACAUGUCAGCAGAGCUUACAGUGGUCCUAUGUGUGCUAAGAGUGUCCGUGACAGGAUCAAGGGAGCUUUCCUUAUUGAGAAGCAAAAAAUUGUUGUGGAAGUACUGAAGGCACAAACACAAACUCAGAAAGCUAAAUAA